GUCGUCUGCCACAAUCAGCUGAUUCUGUUUACAAGUGUAACGUGCCAUGUGGAGGAGACCUUUGCUUUCUUCACUGAUGACAUGAAGAAACGAAAGAGAGAAUUUUACGCUUUAUAGAAUAGCUUAUGAAGCAUGGUGGGCGUGCGGGUGCCGGAGCGCCUGGAGGCGGGCGCACUUCAUGCAUGGCUGCGGGCGCUGGAGGCGGCGUCUCGGCGCGGCGAGGGCGUGCGGGCCCCCCUGGAGGCGCCCCCGGCUCUCCUGGCGGCGGCGCUGAACCAGGGCGCGGCGGGGCUGCGAGAGGCCGUAGUGGCACGCCUUGCGGUGGCCGCAGUGACGGCGGGGGUCAGCCGCCUGGAGGUCCACCUCGAACAUCCUACGCUCAUCGAGGCCUUGAUGGAGGCCCUGCACGCCCACCCCGCCCACAUCACCUCCCUCUCCCUCACGCUGGGCCCUCGCACUUCCUUGGGCGGCCUCCUGUGCCUGGCCCUUCGCGGCAUGAAUGCCCUCACGACUCUGGCCCUCACGCCUGCCGCCACCGACGAAGACAUGAUGGCACUGGCGCAGGCAGCGCCGCCCCUUCGCACCCUCGACGUGGCCUACUGCACCUCCAUCACGGACAAGGGCAUACGGGCGCUGCUGGGCAUGGCCGACGAUAGCUUCACCAUGAAGGAGGUCCUGACGGGACGGAUCAAGCGCGGAGCCGAUGCUCCCGCCACCAGCCUCACCACCGUGAACCUCUGGGGCACGGAGGUGACCACCCGCGGCUGCGCCCUCCUGCUGGCUGCGUGUCCGUCGCUCGCCUCCCUCACCUGCCGCUGGACGGGCGAGGCGCUCGACCUCAUGAUGCGGGGCGGCCGAGAAGCCAGCCUUGCCCUGAGUCAGCUGCUGCUGGCAGAGGCGGCCUUCCCGCCGCUGGAGGAGGUGACGAGAGUGUGCCCUCAGCUCACGUCCCUGGUGGCGAGGCGGCCGCCAGACCCCGUGAGCGUGAAGAGCAUGAUCAGCUCGAUUCCGUCGCUGACCGCCGUCACGCUCCUGCAGUUCAUGCCCGAGUCGGAGCAGUGGCUGUCCAGCGCCCCCGCGCCCGCCCUCACUUACCUCCACCUGUCGCUCCUCGACACCCGCCAGGUGGACCUCGCGGGCCUCGCCGACACGUGUCCCGCCCUCACGCAUCUCGUGCUCGAGGGCGUCACCCUCUCUCUGCCCCGCCCGCGCCCCUCCGCUCCGCUGUCAAAGCUGACAACCCUAAGGCUCGUGACGCCGCCCACGCAGACACACGUCAUUGACCCCGAGGUGGCCGUGUGGGCCAUGGUGUGGGCGAGGGACGCCUUGAGCGUCGACUUGGGAUCCUGCAAACACUUCACUGACCAGCACCUGUCACAAGCCCUGGAUCAGGGGGCGCUCUCGCAGGUGGAGGACUUGCGUCUCUCAGGGGCCUGCCUGGUCACGGACACCGGCAUCGACGAAAUGAUACGCUGCUGUCCGUACCUCCGGCGCCUCGCCCUUAAGAUGCUCCCCAAGGAACGCCUGGCCGAGCUCGAGGCUCUCAAGGUCAAGAUAAGGGAGGAAAACCUUGACCUUGAGCUCAUAACUUACGGCUGGAAGUUUUGAUUUUGCUUUUCUAUAAAUAGGAUAAAAGGAACCAAGAAACAACAGAGGGACAGUAUCUUCUGCCGCGCGCGCGCGCGCGCGCGUGUGUGUGUGUGUGUAUGUGUGUGUGCGCGUGCGUGCGCGCGUGCGUGUCUUCGCUUGUGUUUGUUCCAGAUGAGAAUGCAUCAGCUGUUCAUACUUAGCACGUUCGUUGUUGUUUUAUAUUUCAGAGGUGUAUUUGCAUGAUGUAUUAGUUGGUAGAUGGAAAUUAGGCAAACACCCGAAACUGUCUGUGGCCUUCAUGGAUGCAUUACGUGGAUCUGACCGUAUGGGUAUGAUUAUUCAGAUUUAUAUCCUUCCAUUAGUGGACUCAUGUACCUCUCCGUUUCACUGUAGGUUGUUUACAGUUGAGGUUUAUUGCAUUUUGAUUUUUAUUGCAUUUGAUUUCUGACUCAUUAUGAUAACUAGGAUUAUUGCCAAUAUUUGUUAAUAUUUCUUAAUACGAUUUUUUAUUCUUAGUUAUUUUUUGAUAACUUUUACUGACAUUGUUAUAACUGUUAUUAUGAUUUUGAUUAUUGUUCGUGGUUUGUGUUUUUUGUUAUUGCUAUUCUUAUUGCUGUCAUUGACUUUACUAUUGUUUUGUUAUUACUACUAUCAUCAGUGCAAUGAAAAUUAAAAAUUGUAGUGUUUACUAUUAGCGGUGGUAGUAGUUUUAUAAAAUAUCAAUGGUGUCAUUUAUUAUUGUCGUUAUUAUGAUAAUAAUGAUAAUACUGAUACUACCACUAUUAUUAUUACCAAUGUCAUUUAUCAUUGACAUUGCUAUAAUGCAGAAAGAACAGUUAUAUUGUUCUUAAUUGUAUCAUUAUAUCAUUAUUAUUAUUAUUUACUGUUAUCAUUACGAUAAUUAUGAUUUUCAUUAUUGUUGUUGGAUUUGAUAUAAUAUUCUAAUAAUUCUCUCCCACUUCGUGUCCCGAUAACAAAGCGAGACACAUUAGAUAUAUAACGGCGUAGUUUAAUCUCAGAUGGUAUUUUUGCUAUUUCGAUGUGCGUACCAUGAGAGUUGAGUGGCGAGGGAUGGUGGAGAGGUCCACGGCUGCUCAGACAUAAGCAUACCGUUAUUGAUGGUGACCAUGAUAUCGCAGUAUAUGAACCAUUGCUUGGGAAAUGCUGAACGGUGAUGGGCAGUGUAACAUUUGAUUUAUAUUCUUGGCUGAUUUAGACGAGUAACCACAUUAUAUAUACACACAUUGUGUAUGUAUGAUAAAUGUGUAAACACACACACACACACACACACACACACACACACACACACACACACACACACACACACACACACACACACACACACACACACACACACACACACACACACACACACAUAUACAUAUUAUUCUCCUAUAUGUUUUUUAACGUGUGUAAGUUUGGAAACGUGAUUCUUUCACAUACGCUUAAGGAGUUCUAGCCAUUUGACGCACAACUCCCUCUGCUGUGAUUCAGUUUUUAUGUACUUCGCUAUAGAGAAGUUAUAUUAAACAUUUUUUAUAUGUAGAUACAUUUCGUUUAUAUACAAAAAAAUGAUCACUUCUCUAUUCAUAGUUCUUUGUACAUAGUGGUGUUAGCAACAACAUAAAGGUGUCUUUCUACUCCACAGUGUUCUUAAAAUCGAAUCUCAAGGUAUAUACCAACAGAUAACACUUAACCAAAACAAUGUGAAAGUUAUCGUUCUGCAGAUAAGCUUAUUUGACGCUGCAAUGAUGUGACUGAUUUCUCCCUUCCAGGUUUUUCAGUAACACAAAUCGUAGGUUGUUAAUCAAAGCUCAAAUGUUUACCUUUGGAUUCGACGAAGUUCGUCAGAGUGUUCAUUCAUAUCGAGAAGUGUCUUUUACCUUGGGUAUUGUCUUCGAUCUUAUAUUUUUGGGUAUCACUCCAGAUGUCAUAUAUGAAAAUAUAUGAGAAACGAUAAA